UCAUGAAAGCAAGCCAACAUGUUUAUCAGCCAGCAGUAGAAGAAGUUGGGACAAAGCUGAGUAACAAGCACAGUAUGAUACGGACAGUCAUGUCAAAGACAGCAUAAUAGAACUUAAUAUACAAAUGUAACGAACUUAUAGUAUUGUCAAGAACAGUAAUGCUACGAAACACAAGUGAGAUUUAAAGGGAAGGACUACUUGAAAUGUAUGAUAUUACUUAAGGGAAAUAGGAGCCUCAAUGUGAGUGAACAUCUGAUAAUACAUUCACGAGUUUUGAUUUUUGAGGGAUAUAUAUUACCAAAGCAAUGAGUUUUAUAAAGACCAUGGAAACACAUACAGAGGAUAAGCACUUUAAAUGUAAUGUUUGUGAUUAUGCAGGAACUAAUAGCAGAAAUUUGAAGAUGCAUAUGCUAAAACAUACAAGCGAAAAACGCUUCAAUUGUGGUUAUUGCGAUUAUGCAUGUUAUCAAGGCAAUGAUUUAAAGGUACAUAUGUUAAUACAUACAGGGGAGAAAUGCUUCAAAUGUGAUGCAUGUCAGUUUAAAUGUAAUAAUAAAUGUAAUUUAAAAAGACAUAUGGCCAUACACACAGGAGGGAAACGAUUUAAGUGUGAUUUUUGCGAUUAUGCGGGUAUUAACAGCAGAGAUUUGAAGGUACAUAUGCUAAAACAUACAGACAAGAAACACUUCAAGUGUGAUUAUUGCAAUUAUGCAUGUUUUAAAGGCAGUGAUUUAAAGGGACAUAUGUUAAUACAUACAGGCGAUAAACGCUUUAAAUGUGAUGUUUGUCAGUUUGAAUCUAAUUAUAGAUGUAAUUUAAACAGACAUAUGGCAAUACACACAGGAGAGAAACACUUUAAGUGUGAUUAUUGCGAUUAUGCAAGUAAUGAUAAAAGUCAUCUGAUGGAUCUUGUAUCUUUACAUACAGGAGGGAAAUGCUUCAAAUGUGAUGUUUGUGAUUAUGUAUGUUAUCAAGGCAGGGACUUUGAAAGACAUAUAUUAAAGCACACAGGAGAGAAACGAUUCAAGUGUGAUUAUUGUGAUUAUGCAAGUAAUUAUAGAUGUGAUUUAAAGUCACAUACUGCAAGACACACAGGAGUAAAACUUUUUAAGUGUGAUUAUUGUGAUUAUGCAGGUAAUUAUAGCGGUAAUUUGAAGAGGCAUAUGUUAAUACAUAAGAUGACAAAUACAAAAGACAAAUGCUUCAAAUGCAGUGUUUGUGCUUAUGCAUGUUAUCAAAGUAGUGCAUUAAAGAGACAUAUGAGAAUACAUACAGGAGAGAAACGCUUUAAAUGUGAUGUUUGUCUGUAUAAAUGUAACAGUAGUUGCUAUAUGAAGAUACAUAUGACAAAACAUACAGGAGAGAAACGCUUCACCUGUGAUGUUUGUGAUUAUGCAUGUGUUCGUAGCAGCCAGCUGAAGAUACAUAUGACAACACAUACAGAGAAGAAACGCCCCAAAUGUCAUGUUUAUGACUAAGCAUGUAAUCAUAGUGGCAAUCUGGAGACAUAUGCUAAAACAUACCAGAGAGAAACUUUUGAAAUGCAAUAUUUGUGAUUUUUCAUGUUAACAUUAUUAUAAUGCUUAGAUUGUCCUGUCAUUAUCCCAUUGUCAAUUUUGUAUUUGUAAUCUGCUUAUAAUUAUUGUACCAUGAUACCAUGGUCAAAUUGUGGCUCAUAACAAAUUCAAGGAAAUAGGAAAGGUAAAUUGAGUCCUUAUAAAGUGGCCAAUAUUUAUGAGCUUUGUGCACUGUGACAUCACAUGGCAGAGCAAAAAGUACUUAGUUGUCUAGGCAAAGAAGGGAAAAUGAAAAUAUACUUCAAAAAGCUAUGGCAUGGGCCCUUGUAACGAACUGAUAUUCUCUCAUGCACAUGUUUUAGUUCUACCAUGUGUGCACGCGAUAGCAAAUGCUGAAAAGACUAAAGCGUGUGAAAGAGUGAGCAGGUGCUCUCUGGUAGGCGGUAUUGGGUACAUGCAUAAAGGCUACCACUGAUGCACGCAGUUGACUAAUGCUUUCGCACACUAAAGAAAGUAUAUCUUAUAUGUCCCUCUUUGCCACCGUAAUAAGAGGAAUACAAUUUAUUGUGUCCUAUAUUUUGUGUAAGCCAACAUGUACAGUAAUGAGUACUGAUAUGGAAAGUAAUUGUAUGUUUCCUAAUUUUUAGCUCAUCUGUCAUGGUCAUGUAGUGACGGUGAGCUUUUGUGAUCGUCCGUCAUCCGUCCACAAUUUCUUGUGAACACAGAGUCCAAAUUUUGGAAUCAACUUCAAUCAAACUUGCACACACGUAUUGGCAUAAUAUCUUGGUUCCUUUGGAAAACUGGCCAGAUCCCAUCAUGGGUUCCAAUAGGCCAAAAUUUGAUAUUUUUUACUUGUGAACACGAUAGAGACAACAUUCUGCAAUUAACUUUAAUCAAACUCGCACACAACUUCUAUUGGCAUAUUAUCUUGGUUCCUUUCGAAAACUGACCAGAUCCCAUCAUGGGUAUAGAGUAGUGUCCCCUUAAAGGGCCAACAUUUUCUAUUUUUGGCUUGUGAACACGAUAAGAGACCACAUUUUGCAAUCGACUUUAAUCAAACUUGUACACAACUUGUAUUGGCAUAAUAUAUCGGUUCCUUUCAAAACCUGGCCAGAUCCCAUCACAGGUUACAGACCUAUGUCCCCUUAAAGGGACAGAUUUGCUAUUUUGUAUUUUCGGCCAUAUAGAGAAUUCAUUUAUGGUUUGAUUUGAUACAAACUUGCAAAAUAUCUUCAACAACAAUAAAUCUUAAAUUCCAUGAUGAACGUGUCAGAUCCAAUCAUAGGUUCCAGAGUUACAGCCCCUGAUUGACCCCUGAAAGAGGCAAAAUUUGUUAAUUUUUACCUUGUGAACACGAUUGAAGUGCUAUUUUAUAUUUGAGAUUAUCUACACUUACACACAACUUAAGUCGCAAUAAGAUCUCGGUUCCUUUCGAAAACUGGCUAGAUUCAAUCGUGGGUUCUAGAGUUAUUGUGCCUGAAAGGGGCAAAAAUUUCAUUUCUGUCCCUUUCAGCCAUAUAGACUAGAGGUUUCAUUUAUGCUUAUAUUUGAUACAAACCUGCACAGAAUGAUUAUCUUGUUGAUCACAUGUUGAUCUCUAGGUCUGGAUCGAAACUAGGUCAUGUCGGGUAAAAAACUAUGUCAUCCAGUCAAAUCAAAGGAAAAGCUUGUUUACAACCUAGAAGCCACAUUUAUGACCCUAUCUUCAUGAAACUUUGUCAAAAUAUUUAUCUUGAUGAUUUCUAGGCAAAAUCUAAAACUGGGUCAUAUGGGGUCAAAAAUUAGGUCACAUGGUCAAAUCAAAGGAAAAGUAUGUUAACACUCUUGAGGCCACAUUUAUGACUUUACCUCAUGAAACUUGGUCAGAAUGUUUAUCUUGAUGAUUCCUAGGUCGAGUUCGAAACUGGGUUAUAUGGGGUCAAAAAUUAGGUCACCUGGUCAAAUCAAAGGAAAAACUUGCCCGUGCGAAAAUAGAACAGGAAAUCCUGGGAUUAUCCCAGGAAGUCCCAGGCCUAUCCUGGGAUAAUGUCCUUAAAAUAUCUCAGGAAUUCCUGGGAUAGUCCUGGGACUUUUCACGCCGUUAAAUGGGAAUGGAAUAAUCCCAGGAUUUUCUUAUGAACAGUAAAAAAAACAGGACAUCUGAGAAUUCAAAUCCUGCUAUCGCUUUCCUGAAAAUCCCAGGAAUGUCCUGAGAUUUCCUGAAGACAGGACAUAAAAGUAUAAUAUUGUCCUGUUCUCAGGAAAUCCCAGGACUUCUUGAAGUCAGGAUAUCCCAGGACAAUUUUCCUGUCUUCAGGAAAUCCCAGAAAUACAACCUGUCAUAGCAGAAAUAUUAAUUUUUUUAUCAAAAGUCCUGUCUUUUAGUGUUAAAGUCCCGUCUUCAGGACUUCCGUGCUGCCUUACUAAAAGAAUCCCAGGAUAAUCCUGGGAUUUCCUGAGAACAGGAAAAUAUUUCUGCACGGGUCAGAUGAGAAUGUUUGCAUGCACGAAAUAUCGGAUGUUUUUUUCUUUGGGUCAUGUGGGAUCAAAAAGUAGGUCACCAGGUCAAAUCAAAGAAUAAGCUUGUUAACAGCCUAGGGGGCAGAUUUUCGAUUCUAUCUUUAUAAAGCUUGGUCAGAAUGUUAUCAUGAAGUCUUGGAUGAUUUCAAAAACUGGGGUCAAAAACUAGAUCAGUAGGUCAAAUAAAAGGAAAAUCUUAUAUACACUCUAGAGGCCACUUUUUUGCUCCAGUCUUCCCAAAACUUUGUCAGAAUGUUUGUUUUCAUGAAAUUUUGGACAAGUUCGAAUCUGGGUCAUGUGGGGUAAAAAACUAGGCCACUAGAUCAAAUCAGAAUAAAUGCUUGUUAACAGGGGGCCACGUUCUUACUGAAAAUUGGUCAGAAUAUUUGUCUCCAUGAAAUUAUUAGGUAAAACAUGUUUACACUGUUAUGAUGUACGUGUUACUCAGGUGAGAGACCUAGGACCAUCUUGGACUCUCUUGUUGUGAUGUGUGCUUAACAGUAUUAGAUAAACUAAAAAAUUUCUUUCCAUAUUCGUUUAAUUUACAGUACAAUGAACCAGUACAAAUGAUGAGCAGACUUUAGAUUUUGCUUUUGCUUCAUCUUACGUAAUACCAUAACCCUGUAAUCAUUUUUAUAUGCCUGUUUGGCGGGUGGGUGGGUGACGUUCACAAACUUUGUCCGGAGCAUUUCUUUUUCAUGCAUGUUGGGAUUUCGAUGUAACUUGGCAUAAAUGUUCACUAUCAUGAGAUGGAAUGUCAAGCACAAGAACCAGGUCCUUAGGCCUAAGGUCAAGGUAACACUUAGAGGUCAAAUUCAAGAAUUAUUUUGUCCGCAGCUUCUUCAUACAUGGACUCAAGAGUGAUUUUGAUGUUACUUUGCACAAAUAUUCACCACCAUGAGACUUAAUGUCAUGCACAAGAACCAGGUCCUUGGGUCAAAGGUCAAGGUCAUACUUAGAGACCAAAGAUCAGAUACAAGAAUGAUUUUGUCCGGAGCAUUUCUUCCUCAUGCAUGGAGGGAUUUUGAUGUAACUUUACAAAAAAGGUCACCACCGUGAGACGGAGUGUCAUCCGCAAGAACCAGUUCUCUAGGUCUAAGGUGAAGAUCACACUUUGAGGUCAAAUGUUAAAUUCAAGAAUUACUUUUUCCGGAGCAUUUCAUCUUCACGCAAGGAGGCAUUUUAAUGAAACUUGGCACAAAUGUUCACCACCAUGAGGCACUCGUUUUUAGAAGUUAUUUCCUUUGUUUUACUAUAAACAUGAUAAAUAGCUUAUAUUGUAACUUUUCUAUUACUGGUCUUAGGGAAAAAUCGAGACCACUUUUCUGUGAUACAACAUGCAUAUUAUAUCCAAUUUUUGUGUGUAUUUUGACCUAUCUCUGCCUGGUAAGGAGUUUUGUGUGGACUUAUAUUAUAUAGAAUUAUUUUUUACGAUUAAUUCCCUUUGUUGUUUCUAUAAAUUACUUAUAUUUUUUUUAUAAUUGGCCAAAAAAAGUCCAUAUGCAAAUACAGGUGCUAGUGUAAAGAAAUUUGCUAUGACAUGUGUAUAUUGUGACAAUUUCUAGCACUCUUCUUUUAAAGCAAUAUGUACGAAACAAUAAUUAUAAGAUAAGGUUUAAAUGUCAGUAAUUAGAAAAUCAAACAUACACGCAGUAAUCAUGAUUAUAAGGUCUUCAUUGACUCAUUUUUCACAUUACCUAAUCUGAUGUUGUGUGUAUUUGUAUGGAUUUUGUAAGCUCACCUGUCACGUAGUGACAGGGUGAGCUUUUGUGAUCGCCCUUCGUCCGUCGUCCGUCCGUUCACAAUUUCUUGUGAACACGAUAGAGAACAUUUUGCAAGCAAUUUUUAUCAAACUUUCACACAACUUGUAUUUGCAUAAUAUCUCGGAUCCUUUCACAAACUGGCCAGACCCGAUCAUGGGUUCUAGAUUUAUUGCCCCUUAAAGGGCCAAAAUUUGCUAUUUUUGGCUUGUGAACAUGAUAGAGACCACAUUUUGCAAUCAACUUCAAGGCAUCGCCCACAGUGGCGGCCAUUUGACUCAAAAUUUUACAUGCAAAUUUUCAUAAAAAUAAAAGAUGACUAAGAGGUAACAAUAAAGUCAAUAAUUUUGUCAUAAUUAUGUUUUAAAUAUCUAUGUGAACAUAUGCAAGUAAAAGGAUGUGCAUUUCACUACCUUUAUUAUGCCUUUACUCGAUAUUUUUCUCUUGCCAAAAUGACAAAAUUUUGCAAUUUUACGUGCAGUCAAACUCAAUAUAUAUUCAAUACAUUUAAAAGAUGAUUACAGCCAGUUGUAAAACAGACUGUGAAGAAAAAAGUCUUAAGAAAUUAUUUUGAAAUUUUACCUGAUUACUGAAUUAUACACAAAAAUCCCAACAUCAUCAUUUUAUCCAAUUUGUGUUAUCUGUUCACACAUAAUUCACAUGUAUAUAAACAGGUGAUAUUAUAGGAUUGUGUAUAGGUUUACCUAGCUAGCUGUGGUCAGUAAUGCAUGUACAAACAAUAUUUUAAAUUAAAUACAUGGGAUUGUCUUUUUGUGUCUAAUGCAAUAACCAGGAACAAUUUCGACAAAAAUCCAUAAGAGUUUGCAGUAUACAUAUUGUACUUUAAAAUGAACUAAAUUUUGUCUUUGUAAUAUUUUUUUAUAUUGGAGUUUGACUGCACGUAAGAUUUCAAUAUUUUGGGGUAAACUUUCGGUCUAAACGAGGCUCAAACAUUUUACAAGUGGCAUAUGUACUAUAAAUCAUCAUAUGCUUCUAUGUUGAUGAUAAUUUGACCAGCUGUUUAGGCUUUAGUGCAAAAAAUACUCGGCCUAUGAACUGAUACUGAGUUGUGACUGUGGCGAUGCCUAAUCAAACUUGUACACAACUUGUAUUGGCAUAACAUCUCGGUCCCUUUUGAAAACUGGCCAGAUCCCAUCAUGGGUUAGAGAUUUAUGGCCCCUUAAAAGGCAAAUAUUUGCUACUUUUUGCUUGUGAACAUGAUAUAGACCACAUUUUCCAAUCAACUUUAAUCAGACUUGCAUACAACUUGUAUUGGCAUAAUGUCUUAGUUCCUUUCAAAACCUGGCCAGAUCCCAUCAAGAGUUCCAGUGUUAUAGCCCCGUUAAUGGUCAAAUUUGCUAUUUUUGGCUUUUGAACACAAUAGAGACUACAUCUUGCUAUCAGUUUUUAUCAAACUUGCACAAAACUUGUAUUGGCAUAAUAUCUCGGUUCCUUUUGAAAACUGGCCAAAUCCCAUGAUAGGUUGCAGAGUUAUGGCCCCUUAAAGGGCCAAAUUUUGCUAGUUUGGCUUUUGCAGUCAUAUAGAGAUUUCAUUUGUGGUUUGAUAUGAUACAAACUUGCAAAAUAACUCUAACCCUAACCCUAACCGGUCAGAUCCAAGCAUAGGUUCUAGAGUUAUGGCCCCUGAAUGAACAUUAAAAGUGCCAAAAUAUGUUAAUUUUUACCUUCUAAAAUGAUAGAUGACGCAUUUUGCAUUCAACUUUAGAAAAUCAUACACACAACUUAAAUCACGAUAAGAUAUCGGUUCCCGUUGCUUGAAGGUCCAGGUCAUACAUUGAGGUCAAGGUCAGCACUUACCCAUAAAAUGAUUAUAUCUCUGCAACUAUUGAUGGUACUGGUUUUGAAAUGUUUGUCAUCAGGUUGACCUAGACACUAUGCACUUAUUUUAUAUCUGAUUACCUCCCCUGAUUUUAAUCAAAAUUGAUUUAUAUCUGUUAGAACAUAUAGAACUCAUUUGAAAUUUCAAUAUUAUCAUCAGUUGGACUGAGACAAUCAGGGUAGAUAACUAUGGACUGAUUUAAUGUCAAAUUUACUUCCCUUUAUUUCCAAAUUAAAAUGGGGUAUAUCCCCAUAACUAAUGAAGAUACUGAUCUGAAAUUUCAUUUAUGCCAUCACAUGGAUUCGACCAGUCAGUGUGAAUACAUAUUGACUGAAUUUAUGACAAAUUACCUCUCUUUAUUUUUAGCUCACAUGACACAAAGUGACAGUGUGAGCUUUUGUGAUCGCGCAGCGUCCGUCAUACAUGCGUAAACUUUUGCUUGUGACCACUCUAGAGGUCACAUUUUUCAUGAGAUCUUUAUGAAAGUUGGUCUGAAUGUUCAUCUUGAUGAUAUCUAGGUCAAGUUCGAAACUGGGUCAACUGCGGUCAAAAACUAGGUCAGUAGGUCUAAAAAUAGAAACACCUUUUGACCUCUCUAGAGGCCAUAUUUUUCAAUGGAUCUUCAUGAAAGUUAGUCAGAAUGUUCACCUUGAUGAUAUCUAGGUAAAGUUCGAAACUGGGUAACGUGCCAUCAAAAAGUAGGUCAGUAGGUCAAAUAAUAGAAAAACCUUGUGACCUCUCUAAAGGCCAUAUUUUUCAUGGGAUCUGUAUGAAGGUUGGUCUCAAUGUUCAUCUUGAUGAUAUCUAGGUCAAGUUCGAAACUGGGUCAAGUGCUGUCCAAAACUAGGUCAGUAGGCCUAAAAAUAGAAAAACCUUGUGACCUCUCUAGAGGCCAUUUUUUUCAAUGGAUCUUCAUGAAAAUUGGUCAGAAUGUUCAGCUUGAUGAUAUCUAGGUCAAGUUCGAAACUGGGUCACGUGCGGUCCAAAACUAGGUCAUUAGGUCUAAAAAUAGAAAAACCUUGUGACCUCCCUAGAGGCCAUAUUUUUCAAUGGAUCUUCAUGAAAAUUGGCCAGAAUGUUCAUCUUGAUAAUAUCUAGGCCAUGUUGGAAAGUGGAUCACGUGUUGUCAAAAACUAGGUCAGUAGGUCUAAAAAUAGAAAAACCUUGUGACCUCCCUAGAGGCCAUAUUUUUCAAUGGAUCUUCAUGAAAAUUGGUCAGAAUGUUCAUCUUGAUGACAUCUAGGCCAUGUUCGAAAGUAGAUCACGUGUGGUCUAAAACUAGGUCAGUAGGUCUAAAAAUAGAAAAACCUUGUGACCUCCCUAGAGGCCAUAUUUUUAAAAUGGAUAUUCAUGAAAAUUAGUCAGAAUGUUCAUCUUGAUGAUAUCUAGGUCAAGUUCGAAACUGGGUCAUGUGCGGUCCAAAACUAGGUCAUUAGGUCUAAAAAUAGAAAAACCAAAACUAGGUCAUUAGGUCUAAAAAUAGAAAAACCUUGUGACCUAUCUAGAGGCCAUAUUUUUCCAUGGAUCUUCAUGAAAGUUGGUCUGAAUGUUCACUUUGAUGAUAUCUAGGUCAGGUUCGAAAGUGGGUCACAUGCGGUCAAAAACUAGGUCAUUAGGUCUAAAAAUAGAAAAACCUUGUGACCUCUCUAGAGGCCUUAUUUUUUAAUGGAUCUUCAUGAAAAUUAGUCAGAAUGUUCACCUUGAUGAUAUCUUGGCCAGGUUUGAAAGUGGAUGACGUGUGGUCAAAAACUAGGUCAUUAGGUCUAAAAAUAGAAAAACCUUGUGACCUCUCUAGAGGCCAUACUUUUCAUGAGAUCUUCAUGCAAAUUGGUCAGAAUGUUCACCUUGAUGAUAUCUAGGUCAGGUUCGAAACUAGGUCACGUGCCUUUAAAAACUAGGUCCUUAGGUCAAUUAAUAGAAAAACCUUGUGACCUCUCUAGAGGCCAUACUUUUCAUGAGAUCUUCAUGAAAAUUGGUGAAAAUGUUCACCUUGAUGGUAUCUAGGUCAAGUUCGAAACUGGGUCAAGUGCCUUCAAAAACUAGGUCAUUAGGUCAGAUAAUAGAAAAACCUUGUGACCUCUCUAGAGGCCAUAUUUUUCAAUGGAUCUUCAUGAAACUUGGUCAGAAUUUUUAUCUCGGUAUCUAGGUCAAGUUCAAAACUGGGUCACAUGAGCUCAAAUACUCGGUCACUAUGUCAAAUAAUAGAAAAAAAACGAAGUCAUACUCAGUUCGAAACUGGGUCAUGUGGGGACAGGUGAGCGAUUCAGGACCAUCAUGGUCCUCUUGUUAUGUAAAUGGAUAUACCUUAGCAGCUUCUAAUCAAAUUGGUUUGAAACAUUAUUUAUGUCUUCCAUGUUAAGAAAUAGUCAUGUUAGAUAACUCUUGAUUGAACGUUUAUCAAUAUGGAUACUUUUCUAAUAUAUUGUUGUAAAGGUUUGUACUCUUCUACAUGCAUAUACAUGUACCAAUACAUGCUUACAUCCCCUGAUUUUAAUAAAAAAUGUAUUUAUCUCAGUAAGUAUUUAUAGGACUCAUUUGAAUUUUCAUUAUUGUCAUAAGUUGGACUGAGACAAUCAGGGUAGAUAACUAUGGACUGAUUUUUUGUCAAAUAACCUCCCUUUGUUUCAAAUUAAAAUGG